CAAGAGGCCUUUUGUUUCCUCGGAUUCCUCGUAGAAAAAUUUCGCUGUUUUUAUUGUUUAAAACUGGAUUAAAAGAGUGAAAUGUCUGAAUAAGCUUCAUUGUUUAGAUAUCAAGAAUGGAUUUUCCCUCUCCUCCCCUGUAGGGUACCUCCUUUGCUCCUUGAUAUUCAUACCUGGCGUCUCGACAGUUGGUUAGCUCAAUUUGUAGCAUUUUCUUUACCUUUAUGGCGUGGAAUCAACCUCCUCCGGGACACCAGCCUGGUUAUAAUCCAGCCUAUGGUGGUCAGUAUAAUUAUGGUCAACCACAGGGAUAUCAACAGCACAAUCCAUAUGGCCCACCACCUCCAGCAUCACAGUAUCCACCUGGCUAUCCAGGAGGUUGGGGAGGGCGUCCAGAUCCUCCCCCUGGAAUUGAUCCAGUCCUCUGGGAAUGGUUUCAGACAGUUGAUCAGGAUAGAUCUGGAAAAAUAACUGCCACGGAAUUGCGACAAGCUCUCUUCAACAACAACUGGUCGCAGUUUAAUCCUGAAACUUGUCGAUUAAUGAUUGGCAUGUUUGACAAAGAUCAAUCUGGCACAAUUGACAUUCAUGAAUUUUCUGCACUGUGGAAAUACAUCCAGCAGUGGAAACAAUGUUUUGACAGCUUUGAUCGUGACCGAUCAGGAACAAUUGAUGCUAACGAAUUGCAAACAGCCUUUACAAGCUUUGGAUACAGAUUGUCACCAAGUUUCUGCAAUUUAUGUGUGCGCAAAUUUGACCGCUUGAAUGUUCACACAAUGAAGUUUGACGACUUCAUUCAGUGCUGUGUUAUGCUGAAAUCUUUAACAGAUGCUUUCAGGAAACAUGAUCACCAACAGACUGGCACAGUGACCAUCAAUUAUGAACAGUUUCUAGAAAUGGUGCUUGGUCACACUCUGACUGGAACAUAACAUUGUUGAUAUGUUAUGCUGCUGUGCUGUACCUUUGAAUGUCUAAGUAGUCUUCCAGGCAGUAUGUCAUCUUUUGAAGGGAUUUACUGGCAUUUGCUUCCAAAUUGCAAGCAAAAAGCAGCAAACCCUAGUUACUAUAGGUACAAUUAGAAUAUCACCAUAAUAAAAUUUGUAACCAUGUGUAUUUGUAGAGUCAAUGACAUAAAAUGUUCUGCCUGUUCCAAAAUAAGGGGAAGUGUUUAAAAUGUACUAUAUUUACCAGUAGAACUUAAAAACAAUGUUUAUGGUUAUUAGACCCUUUGUUUUCUGUAACCCCGCUGUUUGAACCUGUUACAAAAAAAUGGGAGAAUUUCUGUUUUCUGUUAGAUUUAAAGAAGCUUUUCAAAAAAUGAAAGCCACUGCAAUUUGAGUUAGUUUUUUUUUUCCACUCUUAUUUGCUAGACAUGCUUCAAAAUUGGACAAUCAUGGGGAUUUUUCAAAAGGGAGCUCAGUUUACAAGAGCCUCUAUAGCAUAUUUUGUUGUAUUAGACCACAUAAUUUUUAGUUUAGAAGCAAUUGUGCUCUUAAAAGUUACUACUUAGCUCUUUGAUGUUAGUACUACUGAUAUUUUACAGUGUUAGUUGCAUAGUUUCUACAAGAGUAUGUUUUCGGUUUUCUGUGUUGAAGUAGACAGAUUUGUCUUAAAAGGAUAUUCUUUUGGGUGUCAAUUUUUAAGGCAAUCUAUAUUGUCUUCCUGUGGGCAUCUUGAAAUGAUGACUGAAGCAGCCAGAAAAUCAAUGAAAAGUAACCAGUGAUGGUUGCUAUGUGCUGCUUCUUAGCAGUUCUGUUAUAAAAUUUUAGCUUUCAUACAAGUCUUCCUGAUUAAGGGAUGGAAAAAUGCUUCUUACUUUAAAGAAAUUUUUCAACUUAAAAUUACAAAAAUUACUUUCCUAGAAAUGCAUCAAUUUAACAUUUUAUAUAACUAAGCCUUAAAUUACAUGAAAGAUUCUCAUUUGCAGAAUGUAUUACCCUGUAAUUAAUUUACAGGGUUACUUGGGUUCUAGGGCUGAUCUGUAAAAUGUAAAUGGUGACAAGGUACAGAAUUCUGUGCAAGCUAUUCAUUGCUGGUUGCAUAGAUGAAAAACAUGCAAUAUGUCUCCCAAUCAUCCUGUUCUGUCCUGUUAUGCCCUGUUAUUUCCUGUUAUGCCCUGUUAUGUCCUCUUAUGUCCUGUUAUGCUCUGUUAUCAGUUCACUGUUCUCUCUCCACAUUCAGGCAGAGAAAGCUCUUUGAGUCCCACUACACUGUCUACUUAAAGUUGUUUAUACUAGGUAUCAAGAGAUUUAUGAUAAUAAAUGUACUUCUGAACAAA